GGUGUUUGAAGCCGAAGCACACGACAAGGAAUCCACCACCGCUCGAGAAACGUCACCCAUCCCCCUCGCAAGCUACCAUGGAUAUCACCAAAUUUGUGGUUUCCUUAAGGGAGAAGGCGCUGUUGUACGGUGACUACUCGACAUACUGGUCGCAGCUGUCGGGCAAGCUGCUCAACUGUCGCAAGAAACUCAACAUUGCGACCAAGAGCCGCGGGAAAUUCAACCCCAAAGCGCCCGUCACUCCCGAACAGAUCGCCGAGAACCAUGAAUACGUUUACCUCCAGCUGCUGACGGCCGAGCGGACAUGGGCCCACGCCAUGUCCAUGAAGGCCUCCCACACGGCCGACACCAAGGGCAUGACGGGCAAAGCUCGCUCGCACAUUGUAUCGAGGCUCGAAAAAGGCGCCCGCACCGCUGAGCGGCUGGCCCAGGCUCUGUCGUCGAGCGCGAGUGGUGCAUCCCCCACCGACACCCUCGAUGCCCGUGCCUACGCCGCUCUGCUCAGGGGGGCGGCCCUGUUUGAGAAGCAGAGCUGGGAGGCGUGUCUGAAGAGCUACGCGGUAUGCCGCAUCAUUUAUAGCGCGCUUGCCACUUCUGUGAAGGGCGACGUCUUCAAAGAUCUGCUCUCCGAGACCAUCGACCCCUCCAGCCGUUACGCCGCAUACCAGGCCAAGAUCCCACGCACGCAACCCAUCCCUACGAUUGCCCGCAAAGCCUUCGAGUCCGCCGAUCCCGAACUAGCCGACCAGAUCAAGCAACUGAACCCCACCGUUCUUGAACAUGGUGACCCCGAUGCGACGAAGGGGGCUGAGGGAGCUCCGACCACCCUGACAUGGCGGGGCAGAGAAGUCAAGAUCGAGGACGCCGCGAUCGCUGUCGCAUGGGCUGCAGUGGGGACGGCGAGAGGCCAACUGGCUGAGAAGUUGGCAACCGCAGGGGCGCUCCAUCCAAAGGACAUGGCCGCGGCCUAUGACGAGAUUCUGAUCGCCAGUCAGGACGCCGUCGACGCUACUAAACAAGCCAUGGAUGAGCUCAGAGCCGAAGGCGUCACACAGGGCGAUGCGCGCAUGCAGAGCCUACAAAUUACGCGGACAGCUGUGGGCUACGAAAUGAUUAGCUGGCGGAUUGGCCGCAACAGGGUGCUGGUGGGCGAGAAUGAUGGUGUGAAGAUGGAAUUUGGGCCCACCUCACGGAGGAAAAAGCAGAUGGAAGAGUCAGAAGCAGACAGAAGCAGGGAUGAAGCACCGGGCCGGCAUAUCGCGAGGCUAAAGGAGAAAGUCGUCUUGUACGACGGCAUCUUGCAGAGUCUGGAGUCCAUCAAGGAGCUUCCCGGCGUCGCCAACGAUCAAGACCUGUCUGGGCGGUUAGAGGCGACGUCGCAGUACUUUACUGCCCUCAAAUCCCUCGCCAUCGCCCGUUCCCACGCCAUCGCCGGCAACGUCGUCAACUCCCUCGCCCUAACCAAGCACGCCCUCAACCAAACCACCGCCGCCACCCCCUCGCUCUCGGGGCCCCAAAACGACGACGCCAACGACGCCUUCACCCCGCGCAACAUCCAAGUCAUCAAGCACGACCUCACCCUCCUGCACGAAACCCUAACCGGCGAGGUGCAGCGCGGCCGCGCGCUCGUCGAGAUCUCCAACUCGACCAACACCAACACACCAGCCCAGCCCACCACCACCACCGCCACCGCCAAGCCGCCGCUGUCCACCCGCCUGACCGACUACCCGUCCGGCGGCGUCGACCUCGACAACAUCGUGACCUACCCACCGCGCCUCGAGCCCUUCCCCGUCAAGCCGCUGUUCCUGGACGUCGCCUGGAACUACAUCACCUACCCGGGCAAGGGCGGCGGUGAGCAGCAGCAGCCGCAGCAACAGCCGGCAAGUGGUGCUGGCCAGGGUGCUGGUGAGGUGCAGCAUGAGGAGGAGGAGCAGGCUGGCGGUGCGGCGGAGUCCGAGGCAAAGCCGCAGAAGAGGGGGUGGUUUGGGUUUGGGCGGUCUUGAGUGGGAGGGGGAGGGGUGACAGUUGCC